UCCCCUUCAACGGCCUUCUUCACCACACUCAUCCAGCUAGGCCGACAGACAUCCUCCUCCUCCUCUAAUCGACUCAUCCCACCCAGUCUUUUAUACACUCCCACGUUCACUUUCCAACCAAGCACAUUCUUUCACCAUGAAGUUUUCCGCCAUCCUCGCUCUCGCCGGCGCCGCCGCGUCCGUCAUGGCCGUGCCCUUGGCCGUCGAUGUUUCCGCGCCCGACCCAGACCAGGUCACCGUCGAGGGAGUCACGUACGGAGGUUCCGGCUGUCCGCAGGGCACGGCCUCGGUCUCUCUGUCCCUGGACAAGAAGUCGUUCACCGUCAUUCUCGAUGAAUACAUCGUCGCUGUCGGAUCCGGUUACACCGUCACCGAUGCCCGCAAGAACUGCCAGCUCAACGUCAAGCUCCACUACCCGAGCGGAUUCCAGUACUCCGUCUACUCCUCCGACUACCGUGGCUACGCCGAGCUCGACGAGGGUGUCACCGGCCUGCAGAAGGCCACCUACUAUUUCGGCGGCAGCACCGUGCAAUCCAGCGUCUCGACGGCCUUCAAGGGUCCCAUGUCGCAGGACUACCUGAUCCACGACGAGAUCCCGUUCACGUCGACCGUGUGGUCGCCUUGCGGCGAGAUUGCGUCGCUCAAUAUCAACUCGCAGGUGCGCGUUGAGAACUCUGCCAACCCCAAGGGCAUGGGCUUCCUCACUACCGACAGCAUCGACGGGAAGGUCAGCUUCAAGGUUGGUGUCAAGUGGCAGGUGUGCCCUGAAUAAGCGGCGGAUACGCCGUGGGGUGGAGUGGGGGAUGGGGAGAAGAGUGACGUUGGAUCGCUUAUCAGGCUAAGCUCGGCCGCUGUGGAGGUCCUGCAGUCGAUCACCCGCAGCCCGGAGAUCUUCUACCACCUUCUUCUCCUUCUUCUUUCCCUCCAUGGGUUGGGUUUCGGGAUAUUUGUUUGUUUUUUCGUAUCGACGUGCUAUGAUGUAUCCUAGGUGUCUUUUCUGUCCCUUAAUGUCAACG